CCUUGAAGCGCGUGUCGCGUGCUGUCUACCGACAUCCGUUCCCCUCCCUAUUUGUAGAUCUUUUGUGGCUAGCGCUACCUCGCUGUGCAAGCGUUGUUUUACACUCCACGGUGGCAACAUGGCUGUUUGUGAAAUGUCUUCAGCAACGGAGCUAAACCCACCAGAUGCUACGAGGAGGUCUAGACACCUUGCGCGCGGCUACACGGCCCUGAAGCUCUGCGCAGUAUUAGUAUCCGGAAUUUUAGUUACAGUAUGGUUUUACCGCGAAGGAACACAGUCAUUGCUGCAUAACAACAAAUCAAGUCAAGGUGAUGCAGCUUCUGUGGCAAGAACCCUUGGAAGAGAUGAACAAAUUCUGGUACCUGGAAGGUUGCUGUCGCGUCAGAGAGACGUGGGAUUGGGAACCAAAGACGAGGGUAGCGAACAAGACAAUGGUGCCCGAGGAGACAAGUAUUAUGGUGCCAAGGGAAGCAAGUUGCGCAGUUCAGUCCAAGAGGAAGUGCUCAAAGACAGUGAGUUGCACAAAGAUAAGUCUUUGAGUAAAAUUCUACAGAAGGCAGAGAAUCCCAGAACGCUCCACUCAAACGACAUUGCUUAUGACGAGGGAAUCGCACCAGAAAUGGAUAAGGGAGGCAGAGCCAAAAGCAAAGCGUCCCAUCAGGAUGAGAUGAUGGUGAUGAAGGCACGCAAGAUCAGAGUCGGUGCAAGCAAAACUGGUUACAAGUUACCGGGUAGCAAACAGGGUAUGAGUAAAAUGAUAGUACAAGGCGAUGACAGCGAAGCCUACACGCAUGAUUAUGGCAAAGUGGAAGAAUCAAGUCGGCAAGGGUCAGUCAGCUUCAGCGAGAGGGAAGAAAGCAAAAUAGGAAAAACGUUCGUCCUGAAUGAAACCUACGGAGCCAAGGACACAAGCAUAAACGAAACAGCGAAAGCGCACAACGCAAUCGCAUGCACCGGUGUCAUGGAAAAUGUCGUGGACUGCGCUAAACAUCAAAGACAACAGCCGGGGACAGGUGAUCGAGAUAAGCAGGACAGCGGUAGUGAUUCAUUAGACGAGAGCCUCCCAACAGAGCACGACACAAUCAGCAAAGAAAUGCACAGAAAUCCUGACAACUCUCAGCCUGACCUGUAUGGAAGGCCACACGCGCGGAGCAUGGAAGAGAGAGUCGGCCAACCUUCUGGAAGUAAAACAAUAUGCGACACUGAUGACUGCCAUUACAUGCGUUGGCUAGUGAACCUUUCGGUCGACAAAGCAAAGGACCCAUGCGAUAACUUUUACGAAUACGUUUGCAGUGGCGCCAACAAGGAGUUUGAGAAGCAAUUUCAAGACGCCGAAGGAGGCAUGUUAAGUGUGAUGCAGUUCAAUAUGACUAUGCAGAUAUUUAAGGCGCUGUUUGGUACACAACCGUCCGAUCAUAAUCAAACCGGAUUCGAAAAAGUGGUCCAGGUAUUCCAGUCAUGUAGGAACGUAGAUUCCACGACUCCAAGUUUAGACCAAUUGGAACGAAACGCGACCCUGGAGUUCUUGAGGAAGCAUGGCAUGCUACUAACGGAGGAAUUGAAUUUCGACCCACUCGAUCAGCAGAUUGAGUUUACGUUUUAUUCUCUAACGGUCUUCUUCACGAUGUUCCCGGUUCCUGUAACAUUUACGAAGACUGUGAAUAUCCUGAUGCAGCAGGAAAACGACUUCAUCUCGCUUCGAACGGAGCCGAUGCAGUCAGCGGGAAGUAGAAGGUUAAAUUACGAAAGGGUCAUGGCAUUUGUGUACGACACCCGUGCGAUCAACGAAACAACUAUGCAUUCCUACCUAUCUUCCGAAGACCAGGUGUUGGCGGUUGCCAAUAUGAAUUACAACGAGCAGUUGCGUUUGAUCGGGAUGUCGUACCUUGGCUUGGUAUAUGGCGACCAAAAACUUUCAACUAAGUGGAACGAUGGUCUGAGGAAAUACACGCGAUCGCGCCUUCCAGGAAAUUGGACUCUUCAGACCUCGGUCGCAAAUAUUCAGCUAUUCCAUAAUUUAUUUGGCAGUAAGGCAUUGAUAAGUAGAGAAACCUUGCAAAAAUUCAUCGCCUGGAGAACAAAUCUUUUCUUGUACAAUAGCUCAGGCCAUGUGAUCACAACGACUAUGGUUAAGUGCUUCGAGGAUGUCCUUAAACAAUUUCCAUUUGCUGCGCCCUCCGGAGCAAUUUUUUCAACUAUUUCGAGGGAGAGAACGGUCGCUGUCACGUCAUUGGUGCAAACAAUACAGGAGGAAGUAGAAACACAAUUAAGCACGUCCUCGUGGCUUGACGUACAGACUCGGAAACGCGCCGUUGAUAAGAUAUCGAAAUUGACACGCAUUGUGGGUUACCCAUUGGGCCUAUGGAACGACGAAGCGAUCAAUGCGUACAUGAACAACAUCCCGGAUCUCGGAGGCCCUUACAUAGCCGACAUGAUUGUCUCCUCAAUGGCACUCUCAAUGGUAAUGUGGGAUAAAAUACUGGAAGGGAACUCGUACGAUGCGGUGCUGAGUAUAUAUCUUUCAGUUUCAAUGCCAAUCUACAGUGCGAAUGCGGAAUAUACGGCAGUAUUCAAUAGCAUUUUUAUUACUCCUACUAUUAUGUCGCGACCCGCAUUCAUUUAUGGAGGACCGCCAGAAGUGAACUUCGGAGCACUGGGUUUCGUUAUUACUCAUGAAUUGAUGCACGGUUUCGAUGUUACGGGAAGGCUGUUCGACGGUCUGGGUGAGCUCAACGACUGGUUCACGGACAUGAGUAGAAAAGCGUACGAGGAAAGGGAAAUUUGUCACGCCAGGAGCAUAGAGAAUUCUCCCAAAGCAAGGCACUUCGUGGAUUACCCUGGCGAAUACCUUGCGGACACCAUGGGUACCGAUUCUCUCCUAAAGGCGUACAAGAAGGCAUCCUUGAACUCGACAGUUACGCUAGGGGACGUCAAGGGGCUGACUAGCGAUCAGCUGUUCUACGUAUCCCGGUGCUUGGUCUGGUGCGGAAAAAUCUUUCCUGACACCACCCAUCCCCCACUUGAUGAGAGGUGCAAUGUUCCUCUAAUGAACUCCGACCACUUUAGUGACACAUUCAGGUGUCCCAAGGGAGCUCCAAUGAAUUCGCCAAUAAAAUGUCGCUUUUGGUAGAUC